AUGCCUCACGCGUAUGGCGCCUUAUCGGCCGUCCCUCGGCCGGACCCUCUGAUAUCAGCCUAUGAGGCUCGAAUGGCUUCCUUGACGCAAGAGAUCGAAAAACAUACCGGCAGUGUCGCUGGUAUAUUCGACCGCACUGAGUCCAUACUCGAGCUCCUCCUGCGCGACAUCCGCUCCAAGAGAAACGCGACCCUGCCAUACAUCUCUCGAUUACCACCCGAACUCAUGUCCAUCAUAUUCACCAUCAUAGCCGCUGAAAACCCCCCUCAUCAACCAGCCGAUAGUGACGCAAGAGACACUUUCCGCAAUAGGAUGAUGCCCGCCCAAAGAGACGAUAGCUCGUGGGAUCAGGCUAUCUUGGCUGAAGCCUUCGAACCCGGGUCACUUGGAUGGAUAAAACUCGCCCAUGUAUGCCAGAGCUGGCGGAACAUGAUACACGGGAUGGCGUCUCUAUGGGCAGGAGUUCUGGGAAGGCUUCCUAUGGCCGAUGAGGAGGCGCUGGAGCGCGCCGGCGAUCGUGCAUCGCUAUCACUCACUACCGUCGACGCACCUUUCUGUCUCGAGACACCGCGCAUCCUGCGUACUUUGGCUACUGGAUACAAAUAUGAGCGGUUGCGCUCUUUGCGAUUGAUACAGAUAUCAGGGAUCCUGGUAUCAGGAGAGCCAGAACUUAUCCGGGUACCGAGUGCAUCCCGUACGCUCAAUUGGACAACCCUGGAGAUCCUGGAAGUGCUCUACUUCCAGCAGUUAGGGGGCUCCCGUGACUUCACACCACUCGAACCCAUUCUCGCACCUUCGCUGCGUAUCGCGCGCUUUAUAGGUUACGUCCUUCCCUUCCGGUCGAUAUCUCUUGUAGAGCUAUCGAUCAAACGCGGCAAUGGUCUGCCUCUCAUGAUCACAGCAGAGGCGCUUUUCGAGAUACUCCAGGCAGCAUCCAGUACUCUAGAGGUUCUCGAGAUCCACAACGCGCUGUCUUACAACUUUCAUGAAGAAGCGCACGCUGUCGUUGAACCGGUGAACUUACCACAAUUGAAGAUCUUGCGUUUUAUGGACAUUCAAGAGCGGUGCCAUAUCAUAUUCCUUGGCCUACUGAUACUUCCUCCGACUAUCCAUCUCGAUUCGGACGUACUCAUAGGCAUGGGCGACGAAACCAUUCGCAUGUCGUCGGAAGAGGUGUUGAAGCCUCUUAUAAGUGCCAUCUCCGCCUCCGGACAUACGAACGAGUGCAGCUAUCUAGUCAUUUCUCCUGACAGCUACCCCGAAGCGAUAUGCUUCGGCAUCUACCCCACGAUCCUCGAUGUACACUCAGAGUCGACCAACAGCGACCCUUUUCGGGUCAGAACAGAGGCCAAGCUCAAGCUUCGUAUCGCCAAUGAAUCCUCAUACAUGGGUAGCCUUGCCAUGACAUUCGCCGAGACGGCGCGCUGGCUCGUGCCCACUCGUUUUGUCGCGCUGUCCUUCAGCACCUUUGAUAACUGGUCUCACAAUGAUAUAUCGGAAGCCAUGUCACAGUUUACGAGCCUCCGCAUGCUGCAAGUCUUCGAUCCCUUGCAGUACUGUAACCCUUCGCGAUAUCCGAACCCAGGCGCAUUCCCAUUCCUCAGCGCGCAGCUCUCUUCGCCCUCCCUCCAGCCAGGGAUCGAAGCGAAGGCAUCCGACGACAUAGAGGGCCAUGUACUAGAUCUGUUGUCGUUGGUUCAGACCGAACACCCGAAGACCAUUGACUGCGUGGCGUGGUGCAGUGUUCUAGUCAGGCGGUUGAAGUGCGUGUUCUCGGAUAGGCACUCCGCCUACUAUGCCGCCGGCAGUGCGAAGCCGAUACGAGUCCUCCGGGUCAACUAUCCAUCCGUCGCUAGCAACAAUGACAAUGAUGAGCGGGUGGCGCGAACUAUCUUCGCUGACAUUGCUGCCACGGUGGAAUGGAUAGUGCGUUGA